AUGACGGCAUACCUAUCUGUCGGAACCGACUUACAAAGAAGGGUGUUGUCACCUCUUCUUGAAAAUCCGGAAGGAGAAGAAGAAGAGGAGCAUCCUAAAGCACCAACACUCGAGGAGUACAUUGCUAGACCUGCUACAAGAGGUACAAGUCGGCAAGCGUUCAUGACGGAAGCUGCUAAUGACUCGGAUGGAUCAGAUCACGAACAGAAACCAGACCAGCAGCAUGUUUCCUCGGAAGAUAUCACCCUUAACAUUGCCAUCAAUGGAGGCUGUUUCCUAGACGAUAUCAACAGCGACGAGGAGGAUUCUAUUAGUGAUGGAAGUUUGUCAAUCCCUACUGACGACUUCGACACUGAUCUGGAAAUAGAUGAUGAUCAAUGGCUGAAUCCCUCAAAGACAGAUCACGACACCACAGGAAGGACAAAAUAUAUCAAAGUGUGUAACGAUAUGGGAAUAAGUCCAGUGUCGUAUUUUGUUAAAAAUUUGGAACAAAGAGAACUUAAAAUGAGAUUUCAUGGACUAGGGCCACUUGGAAUUAAAGCAAUAUCCAUCCCGCUAGAGACAAAUACAAACAUAGAAAUAUUAAAUCUGCAAGGUAACGGUAUCGAUGCACAAGGAGCCAAGAGUUUAUGUAGGGUGCUGAGGGAAAACCUUUUCCUAACAGAAGUGGUGCUAUCAGAAAAUAAAAUUGGAACUGAAGGCGCCAUUUCGUUAUGUCAAUUUUUGAAAGGAAACAGAAACCUGUUCAAGGUCGACCUUACUGCAAAUGAAAUUGGCGACUCAGCUGGACAAUGUUUCUAUGAAGUACUUAAAGGAAACCCAGUGUUAAAGGAACUCAUUCUUGCCAAUAACUGUUUAGAAGAAAACAGUGCUAAAUGGCUUAAAGAAUCGUUAACUGAUAACGAAAACCUGGAAGUCUUGGAUCUGAGUUGGAAUCAGUUUAAGACAAGGGGUGCAGUCUGUAUAUGUGAGGGUUUACAAGAAAAUGUAGGCCUGAAGCGGUUCAAACUUGUAAUGGCUGGUUUGGGAAAGAGUGGUGCUGAGGCGAUGGGCACGGCACUGAAACAGAACCGUACUCUUCAAGAACUUGAUAUCAGUUUUAAUCGAAUACCGAUAGAAGCUGCAGGUGCUAUCGCCGCUGGAGUUAGGGAAAAUGACACCCUUAAAACCUUAAAGAUCGGAAACAAUCCUUUUGAGUCCAACGGAGCUAUGGUGAUACUGCAAGCCGUUGACCAGAACGAAAACAGUGCAAUAACUUUUCUCGACUUCAGCAAUAUGAUGGUGAAAAUAGAAUUUGCGGAAAUUGAAUCACGUUUGGCUGAAAGUAGAGGUCUCCGUGUAGUUAACGAAGGGGUGCUUCCUGAAGUGCAUCCCAAAAACGGAAAUUAUGCCAGGUUGAGUGCAUUCCGUCGAGAUCCUAUUGAAACGUUUAAAAAAUAUGCAGAGUUCUCGGGAGUAAACUUAGAAGACGUAUUCAAUUGUAAAAAGAAAGUUAAGAUAGACGCUGUAGAAUUCAAGACCCUAAUAAAGGGAUCUGGCAUUGAUAUCCCCGAUCAACACAUGACGGUAUUGAUUCGGACGCUGGAAAACGAUGGCUUUAUUUGUUACUGGAAAAUCUUCGAGGAAAAUGGAAACGACCAGGGCCACCACGUGAGUUUUUCCGGAACUAUUGACGAGAAAGGGCAGGAAACAGACAAAAAUAGGAAUAGACCAAAGUCCAAAGACUCUCCAAAACUUGACAAUUCUGGGGCAAAACCCAAAUCAGCUAAAGCAAAAAAGAAAAAGGAGAAAAAGAAGAAAACAUAG